AUGUUGCACAAGAGACCGACAACAUCGGCUCGUAGAAGGGGUCAGCAUGAGGCUAAUGUUGUUGAGGAUGACAUUGUUGAGAAUGAGGUUCCUGACGUUCCUCGGGAGGACGAGCAGGUCAUUGAUAACGAUGGUGGAGGAUUUCCUGGUGGGCCGUAUAAUACAUCUUUAUUGACGCAGUACCAGGAUCAUGUUGCACGCAUGAUAUGGGAUGGUCAGGAUCGAGUUGUGAAAGUGGUCUCCCAUAAUAAAAAAGUUAAGAAAUUAGGACGUCCUCACCCUGCUGUUGCACCUUUUGUGUUAGCUUCUGGAUUAUCGCCUUUGUGCGAUAUUUUAUAUGAAUAUAUCGAUCUUGGGUUAGUAUUGGGUUUCGUGGAGAAAUGGUAUCCCGAGACUAAUACUUUUCAUUUACCCAUUGGAGAGAUGACCAUCACUUUGGAUGACGUAUGGUCACUUCUCCAUCUUUCCAUCAGUGGAAACUUUUGCUCCACUGAAAAUCUGGAAUAUGAAGAUUCUGUUCAGAUUUUGACGACACUUCUUGGUGUUGACCGGGCCAUGGCAUGUGUGGAGCUGAAUCAAAGUCGGGGUGCACAGGUCCGACUGAGCUGGUUGAGAGACUUGUAUCACAGCUGUUGUGAAAACGAGCUAUGGGAGUUUGCUGCACGUGCAUAUCUUUUGCACCUUGUAGGGUGCACGAUAUUUGCUAACAAAAGCGUCACCUAUGUUCGUACACAUUAUCUCGAGCUAUUUAGAGAUCUCUCCACAUGUCGUACAUAUGGUUGGGGAGUUGCUGCUCUUGUCCACUUAUAUGAGCAGCUAGGAGAUGCCAGCUUUGCAAAUACAAAGCAAUUAGCUGGAUAUCUACCUCUUCUGCAGAUUCCGUUUCACAGAUUUAUGAAACGGAAUCUGUAUUCCAUUUCGCAUACAUUAUGA